AGCCUCCAAAGCGACAUCUUAAGCAUCAGCAUCUUCAGACAAAAAUGGACCUCAGAACAACGGUUUCUCUUCUGCUGCUGCUGCUUCUGGGCCUCUGUAACGCUCACGAUGGCAUUUAUCACGGUGCUGAUAAUGAGAUCAUAGUGGAUCAUUCUGACACAGAGGACUUGACAACAACUAUUCUGAGAAUGAACAAUGAUUCUCUGCUGGAAGGAGACGUGGUGAUUCCAAAAACCAGGAAUGCUAUGAAGUGCUUAGAUCAAAAAAAUAGCUGUCUGUGGCCGAAGUCUGCUAACGGGAAUGUGGAAAUCCCUUUUCUUUUAAGCGACAGUUAUGACAACACCGAUAUAAGUGAGAUUCAACCUGCCAUGAAGGGCUUUGAAAGCAACACCUGCAUUCGCUUCAUUCCACGUCAGAGUCAGGAGGCGUACUUAAGCCUUGAACCAACAUAUGGCUGUGCCUCUUUAAUGGGUCGUACUGGAGACAUACAGGUGGUGUCACUGCAGAGGUUCGGCUGCGUAAGUCUCGGCAUUAUCCAGCACGAACUGCUGCACGCGCUGGGUUUCUACUACGAACACACUCGCAGUGACCGUGACAACUAUAUCAAAAUCAACUGGGAUAAUAUCGAUCAAGAUUUUGUCUACGACUUCCAAAAGCAGGACACAAAUAAUCUCAACACUACGUAUGACUACUCUUCUAUAAUGCACUAUGGAAGAUCUGCCUUCGCAAAGCCUGGAUUUGAUUCUUUAACUCCCAUCCCUGACUCCUCUGUUCCAAUCGGGCAGACAGACGGCAUGUCCAAAAUCAACAUUCUCAGGGUCAACAGGCUCUACCAGUGCUGAAGUUACAUCGCAUAUAAGAUUACCUCAGCCGGGACCCUGAGUUCUCCAACUGAGGAGCCGCCAAACACCAAGCAGAGCUGUAGCAGCCCGAUCAGUCCAGGAACAAAAAGAGGACAAAAGAGAGCCAGCCUGGUCAUCACUCAUUCAGCUGUGGCUGAAAGUGUGAAGGUGUUCACCGGUGAUUUGAGUCAAAGAUUGAUUGCAGCAGCAUCCCGGACCAGUCCCCUCACUUUUAAACAGGUCCUGGUUUUGUCUCAAGGCCUCUAA